AAGCGCUCGCUCCGCUCUGGCUAGCAUGGGGAGGGCUCAGUUCAUCUGCCUGUCAGUUGCUGUUCACACUGCCGUGGAAGUGCUCUGAUUCCAAAGGGAAACAGAUCAUCCAGCCUCACGGAAGAAAACCAGAAAGGAGGAAGGAAGAGCAGGAACGGCAGGGAGGAAAAGAACCAGGCAGAAAAGCAGCAGCAGCAGCAGCAGCAGCAGCAGCAGAAGCAGAAGCAGCAACAGCAACAGCCACGGAGAGGAACCGAGGGGGAAAAGGGAGAAAAAGACUCAAUCUAUGACUGGAUUUGGACUUCUUUUUCUCCAAUGCAAAAAGGAAUAUGCAGUACAUUGUUGCCUUCUUCUGCACCGGUUUCCUAGGCACUGUAGUAGGGGCCAAUUUCCCCAACAAUAUACAGAUUGGGGGAUUAUUUCCAAACCAGCAAUCACAGGAACAUGCCGCUUUCAGAUUUGCUUUGUCCCAACUCACCGAGCCCCCGAAGCUCUUUCCCCAGAUUGAUAUUGUAAACAUCAGCGACAGUUUCGAGAUGACCUAUCGAUUCUGUUCCCAGUUUUCCAAAGGAGUGUAUGCCAUCUUUGGGUUUUAUGAGCGGAGGACUGUCAACAUGCUGACCUCUUUCUGCGGGGCCCUCCACGUGUGCUUCAUCACUCCCAGCUUCCCCGUAGACACAUCCAACCAGUUUGUCCUGCAACUGCGCCCAGAACUCCAAGACGCCCUCAUCAGCAUCAUCGACCAUUACAAGUGGCAGAAAUUUGUCUACAUUUAUGAUGCCGACCGGGGCUUGUCUGUCCUGCAGAAAGUCCUGGACACAGCUGCUGAGAAAAACUGGCAGGUGACAGCAGUGAACAUUUUGACAACCACGGAGGAAGGUUACAGGAUGCUCUUUCAGGACCUGGAGAAGAAAAAGGAGCGAUUGGUGGUAGUGGACUGUGAAUCCGAACGCCUCAACGCCAUCUUGGGUCAGAUCAUAAAGCUGGAGAAGAAUGGCAUGGGCUACCACUACAUAUUGGCAAAUCUGGGCUUCAUGGACAUCGACUUACAUAAAUUCAAGGAGAGUGGCGCCAACGUGACAGGGUUCCAGUUGGUAAACUACACAGACACCAUCCCAGCCAAGAUCAUGCAGCAAUGGAAGAACAGCGACGCCAGAGAUCACACACGUGUGGACUGGAAGAGGCCGAAGUACACCUCUGCUCUCACAUAUGAUGGCGUGAAGGUGAUGGCUGAAGCUUUCCAGAGCUUACGAAGACAGAGGAUUGAUAUAUCCCGCCGGGGAAAUGCUGGAGACUGUCUUGCUAAUCCAGCUGUACCCUGGGGCCAGGGGAUUGAUAUUCAGAGAGCCCUGCAGCAGGUGCGGUUUGAAGGUCUGACAGGAAAUGUGCAGUUUAAUGAGAAAGGACGCCGGACCAACUACACGCUCCACGUGAUCGAAAUGAAACAUGAUGGCAUUCGGAAGAUCGGCUAUUGGAAUGAGGAUGACAAGUUUGUCCCUGCAGCCACCGACGCUCAAGCCGGCGGGGAUAAUUCCAGUGUUCAGAACAGAACGUACAUUGUCACUACGAUCCUAGAAGACCCUUACGUGAUGCUCAAGAAGAACGCCAACCAGUUUGAGGGCAAUGACCGCUACGAGGGCUACUGUGUAGAGCUGGCUGCCGAGAUUGCUAAGCACGUGGGCUACUCCUACCGCCUGGAGAUUGUCAGUGAUGGGAAAUACGGAGCUCGAGACCCCGACACCAAGGCCUGGAAUGGCAUGGUGGGAGAGCUGGUCUAUGGGAGAGCUGAUGUAGCAGUAGCACCCUUAACCAUCACCUUGGUCCGGGAAGAAGUGAUCGAUUUCUCCAAGCCAUUUAUGAGUUUGGGGAUCUCCAUCAUGAUCAAAAAGCCACAGAAAUCCAAGCCAGGAGUCUUCUCCUUCCUGGAUCCUCUGGCCUAUGAGAUCUGGAUGUGCAUUGUCUUUGCCUACAUUGGAGUGAGCGUGGUGCUUUUCCUGGUCAGCCGUUUCAGCCCCUACGAAUGGCACAGCGAAGAGCUCGAGGAAGGCCGGGACCAGACGCCCAGUGACCAAUCCAAUGAGUUUGGGAUAUUUAACAGCUUGUGGUUCUCCUUGGGGGCCUUCAUGCAACAAGGCUGUGACAUCUCUCCCAGGUCCCUGUCUGGUCGCAUCGUGGGUGGCGUCUGGUGGUUCUUCACCCUGAUCAUCAUCUCCUCGUACACGGCCAAUCUGGCCGCCUUCCUGACGGUGGAGAGGAUGGUCUCCCCCAUCGAAAGCGCAGAGGACCUGGCCAAGCAGACGGAGAUCGCCUACGGGACCCUGGAAGCAGGAUCCACCAAGGAGUUCUUCAGGAGGUCGAAAAUCGCCGUGUUCGAGAAGAUGUGGACAUAUAUGAAGUCAGCAGAACCAUCCGUGUUUGUUCGGACCACGGAAGAGGGGAUGAUUCGAGUGCGGAAGUCCAAAGGCAAAUACGCCUACCUGUUGGAAUCCACCAUGAAUGAGUACAUCGAGCAGCGAAAGCCCUGUGACACCAUGAAAGUGGGAGGUAACUUGGAUUCCAAAGGCUAUGGCAUUGCGACACCCAAGGGGUCCGCCUUGAGAGGUCCCGUAAACCUAGCGGUUUUGAAACUCAGUGAGCAAGGCGUCUUAGACAAGCUGAAAAGCAAAUGGUGGUACGAUAAAGGGGAAUGUGGAAGCAAGGACUCCGGAAGUAAGGACAAGACCAGUGCUCUGAGCCUCAGCAAUGUGGCGGGCGUGUUCUACAUCCUGAUUGGAGGACUGGGACUAGCCAUGCUGGUUGCCUUAAUUGAGUUCUGCUACAAAUCCCGUAGCGAAUCCAAGCGAAUGAAGGGUUUCUGUUUGAUCCCACAGCAAUCCAUCAACGAAGCCAUACGGACAUCGACUCUCCCCCGCAACAGCGGGGCCGGAACCAGCGGCAGCGGUGAGAACGGCCGGGUAGUCAGCCACGACUUCCCCAAGACCAUGCAGUCUGUGCCCUGCAUGAGUCACACUUCAGGGAUGCCUCUGGGAGCCACGGGGUUGUAACCGGAGCAGAACACAACCACCACCAACACCACCACCAACACCACCAACACCCUUGGG